CUACUCAAAACAUCUAGAUCCUACUACUUUGUGGUAUCCGAGUAUGUUACAAAGGAUUAAACGCUACAAGUGCUUCGUCUUACAACCAGGCAAACAAACACUCGUAGUUUGACAGAUGACAUCUGAUAAACAAGUCUCCCAUGUCAACGCGGAUUGAUUGUCGAAUUAGGGCCUUCGUAACACAUUGAAACAGUGCAAUUUUUGGAUGAUAGUUUUGAAUCUUCCUUCAAAAUAGACUGAAACUGAAUUGAAGUUAUGAGCUGCCCUAAUUUCUUACGAUUAAGAUGCUUCCUGUGUUGCAUUCCCUUGGAGAAGGGAUGCAUCAUUGUUGGAUUCUUCCAUAUGAUUACAUCUGUGGCUGGUAUAGGGAAGACAGUUCAGCAGCUUGUUGAUUUUGAGUUAUCUGUCAUCCAAUGUCAAAGAAAAGAUGAUUUUAAUACUGAACCUUUUAUUAGUAAUAAGAGUGCAGAGUCAGAUGAGGAUGAUGAGAAUGAUAACAUUUUACACGAGACGGACAACAAAGCACAAACCCCUAGGCAUGAUGUGUGUGCAUCGGAUAUUCUGGUGUCCUUUGUCCGUGUUAGAUAUACGAUAAUUGCUCUGGUACUAUCUGUCUUCUUUAUGGUGACGGUCAUGAUGGUCUUGGGAGUGAUAAGGAAAAAAUCAAGGAUGAUGAUCCCGUGGAUGGUUUGUGUUAUUCCUGAGAUAUUUAUGGACAUUGCAAAUUUACUUGGCCUUGGAUUUGCACCACCACGUUUUAAUUUUGACACACUCUUCAGUCUCUUAGCAUUUAUUUACUCUACCCAAGUUGUGACUUCCUACUAUUGGGAGCUAAAGGAAGCAGAAAGAAGAGACCUUGGUGUAACGGUUGUAGCAGUUUCACGUUCACCAAAUGAAAUGAUGGUGGUAUUACCAACUGGACCCAAAGAUGAUCCUCCUCCUCCUUACCCCAGCUUCACAUCUGCAUGUAACCCGGCCUACAAUCCCACUGGCAUAGGGUUUCCCGGGUGUGCAGCAAUGCAGAGUGUUGACCUUUCACCACCACCUGAGUAUACACCAAAUGACUGCAUACAGAAUGCUCAGAAUGGCAAUAUUCCAGGUCAAGUGAAUGCUCCUGCUUAUUCUGAUUUGAACAUGCCCCGUGACUCACUUAGAUUUGGUGAGGCUGCCCCGUUGAUGGAGAAACCACCUUUGCCAAAUAACUGAAAGGUUUGAUUCAAAUACAGUAUGAGUCAGUGAUUACCAGAAAUUCUGGUUCUCUUUAACAAAUGCAUUAAGGAAAAUAUGAUUUCUGAUAUACUGUGCAGUAUAAACUAAUGUAGUAUUUUAGUUUGCAAUUUGCAGGGAUAGUAACUAUUGUAUUUUAGUUUGCAAUUUGCAAACUAAAAUACAAUUUGCAGGGAUAGUGCAGUGCAGUAGUUUUAUUCCUUUGUGAACUAAAUACUCUGUCACAUGGUAUAAAGCAUAGACUUUUCUCUUGUUAUUACCGUAAGUUGAAAUGUUAGACAUUUCUUAUCUUAAUGUACAAUUCUCUCCAGUUUUACUCAACUUAUCCUCCAGCUAUUGAUAGUUUGUUAGAUAGGUGAAAAUAGUGAUGGGGUGUAGGUUGUUUACUAUAUGAUAUAAACAGAUAUGAUGCAUUCCCUUAUUAAUAGAAUGUUUUACAUCUCACAUACAGUCAAAUAUUCUAUCUAUCCAUAUUGCAAAAUGACCUGUCAGUAGAAUAAGAUUGUAAUUUUUAAAAAUUAUGUCCAUAACACAAAGAUAUUUCCAUGAGUGAUCUCAUUAGUAAGAUGAAGACAGAAUUAUUAAAUUACCAUUUUCAUAAAAUUACUUUCAGUUAUAUACGUUACUUAAAUAGUAAUUAAGUUUUAACCUUUUAUAAGAUACAGUACUUAUUAUAAAAGAUGUUUACAUCCCUCCCUCCCUGGUUAUCGUAAUUUAAUUUGUUCGUUUGUACUAGUUUUGAUGUUAUGCAGUGUAAUUAAUUAUAUUAAAUGUAGUGACAUAAACGAAGAGAGAUUAAAGAUAGUUCCCUUAGAUUGACAUCUACAGUAUCUGCAUGUGGUUUUCUGUAAUAAUAAAAUCGUGUUAUAUCAGCUUGUGGAUUAUAAUAGUAGAUUUAAUCUUGUUACAAAUUCUACUUACUUUAGAAUAGUAGUACAGUACUGUUUAACCAACAAAUUCUCUGCAUGCGAAAUAUAUUGGCUGAUACAUUCGUUACAGCAAUGUAUCACUUUUGUUUUCUCCUGUUUAGUGAUUUACAGAAGAAAUUGUAUUUUACAUUUAUAACAUGGCAUUACUCAUAAUGACAUAUCUUGACUUUUUUUAGAGGUAUAGAAAUUAACUUCCAAGAGAUUGACAGUGUUAUCAAAUCAUUUGCCAUUUUACUAUAAUUUAAGGAACUGAUUAUUGUGAAGAUUAUUGUCACAUCUGAUAUAAACAAAACUGAUUUACUUGAAUAUACCCCUAUUAUGAUAACUAUAAAGUUAUUGCAGUACAUUAAAGUUAACAUUCACAGUAAAUUAGUCACUUUGAAAGGGAUAAGUUGAUGAAAGUUUUAUGAAACAGAAGAUUGGUCUUCUUAUACCUUUUCAAUAGAUUGUAAGUAGGUUAACAGAGAAUAGUGCAAUAUGUAAACAGAUACUAUAUGAUUACAGGCAGUCCCUGGUUAUUGGCAAUCUGGUUUUAUGGGGCUUGUCUACUGCCAAAAAUUGCUGAAAUGAGUUGAUUUCCAGUUAUCAGCACCGAUAAUAGAGUAUUGGUGCUGAUACAUACCUAACUGAUGCACCAUUAACCAGUUAUCUGCACCAAUUUUCGGUUAUUGGCGAUUUUUGCCUAUCAUCAAGCAGUCAAAACACAACCCCUGCUGAUUACCGGGGACUGCCUGUACUGUACUACUAAGAAUUGUAACACAUAUGUACUAUGCAUGUGUACAUACUUCUUAAAACUACAUAUUUUUCCUCAUAUCCUUUGUGAAAAUAAUGCAUUAAAUGGAAGGGACAUAGAUUUUAACAAGGGGACUAGUAUUUGUUCUGAAAAGAAAUUUUGUUUUCAUAUAAGUAAUUUACCAAGUACAUAAUUAUACAUAGCUAUACAUAGUUUAUAACUUGUGCAGCAGCCUGAUAUUUAAAAAUUCGUGGUAGCACUUUGAUUGGCUAGUAUAGGUGACAAACCCUGCCCACUAACAAGAGUAUAUACUGGAAACAACUUAGCAGAAAACCUCAUUCUGUUCCAGCUCUCGAGUAAACAUUAGAUGUUUGCAGCAGCUUUUGUUAUUUGGUUUUUGGUUGUGUAACUGGAUUCGGUAAAGUAUUAUUGCUUGUUUUGAGUAGCCUUGAAGCUUUGAUAGUUUCCAGGAUCAGUUUUUCUAGUUUUUGUUAUUAUUACGUCUGAUUCAAGCUCAUCUAGUUUUUUGCUACGGUAACGAAGGUGCCUGGUGCCAGCUCCUGAGCACCCAGCAUCAACUCUUCAGUACCAGUGUCCUGCUCCCAAGUGCCAAGCGCUUCUGACUGCAGGUCUCCUCCCAUAGGCCCCCAUUAAACAGCAGUUAGCGGAGAUUAUGAACUUGCUAAAGAAAGCCAUGCUCACUUCCAAGACUCUUCAUGAUUAGUCCCUGUUGCUGGUCUCCUCAGGAAAGAAAGAUUUGAUCAAGAGUCUGCCCCCCUUCUUCAACCUAUGCAGCUCUCUUUCAUUAUUUGCUAGUGAACUUUCCUACUAUUUUUGCACCAGCUGCCCCAGUCACGCAUGCCUCAACCUUGCUGGUGAGGAGCAAUCUGGAUGACAGAUCUAGGCUCCCUAAAAUGGUGCUUUCCUUGUCUUAAAAAAAGGCAUUCAAGGGGAUUGAGGAUUGGCUCUCUGCCAAGAGAGAGGAAGGCAAUGCUUCCUUCGCCUUUCCUCCCGCACACUUAGUCCACAGGAGAUAUCUUUCUUACUCCAUGGGGGAAGCUUCUUCUUUGGGAGUCGUUUGGGACUUCUCCAGCCUCAUAGACGCUUCCCAAUGCUCUGCAUUGUCAUCUGCGAAAAUUAUGUUUUUGUUGGCAAAGCCUGACCGCCUUGUCAAGGACCUCAUUAAGGUGUUUGAAGUUUUUAAUUUUCUGGGACUGGAUGGUGGGAGUCCUAGCCAAGAAGAUUGAAGAUUGCAAUAACUUAGUAGGAGACUUCCCCUUGGACUGGCUAUGAGUCCUGUCUUAUGCAGUUAAGGCCAUCAUGACGAGCCCCUCUUUAGUCACUUCUCCCUACGUAUUGAUGGCCUACUCAAGAGGCUUGGAGAAACACUCGUCCCUUUUGGAGGUCUCUUCUCUCCUUUUAAAGAGAGCCAUGGAAGAAGUCAAGGACAUCAACACAGAGCACUUCUACAACUGUGUUUAUGGCCCCCAAAUCAUCAGGGGGUUGGAGAUCAGUCCUCGACGUAAACACCCUCAAUCUCUUAGGUCAAAAUGGAAAUUAACCAAUCAGUCAUUUCAUCCAUUCACCAUAACCUUGGAUAUGCAGGACAUAAUUUUAUAUCCUCAUCCAUCUGGAAAGUAUCUCAGGUUCACCUUCCAUGGCAAAGUCUUCCAGUUUUGGGGUCUUUGCUUCAGCCUCUCUAUGGUACUGCAAGGCACCAGAUGCCAUGCCAGGCAGCAAAGAACUUUCUCCUUUGGGCAGAUCAAAACUGAGUGAUACUGGUCACUCAAUUUAUUCAAGGAAAACUCAAUUUUUUGGCAGACGAGCUGAGCUGUCGGAAGCAGGUCCUUUUAACAGUGGACCUUGGAUCCCUUGGUUUGUGUGGAUUUUUGGAAGUUAUGGGGCAGGCGGACUUUGGACCUGUUUGUCACCUCAAGGAACCAAUGCCUUCCUCUCAUCUAUUCUCCAGCCUUGGACCCCCCAGGCAUGGGCACCAGAUGCCAUGCUUUAAAAUUGGUCCAACCUGGAUCUUUAUGCCUUUCCCUCCUUCAGUAUGUUCAGGGAAGUGCUGAACAAAUUCCGAUCUCAUCACAACAUUAUGAUGACCCUCAUAGCCCUGUUCUGGUCCCUAAAAGGGUGGUUCUCAGACCUUUUAUGGUUCUUGAUGGACUUACCAAGGCUCCCUCCCCAAAAACCGUGUCUACUCAAACAACCUCCCUUCAAAAGAUACCACCAAGUGUUGUCCACUCUUGCCUUGAUAGGCUUCAGACUGUCUGGAAGCUUGUCAGAGUGAAGAUUUUUUCAAGAGGAGCUGUAGAGACUAUUGCAAGAUGCAGACAUCAGUCUUCUAGCCACAUGUACCAGGAUAAGUGGGCAGUUUUCUGAAGAUGGUGUCUCAGAUAGUGUCUCUUCUUCUGAGACACCUUUUAACUCAAAUUGAGAAUUUCCUAUUUUAUCUAAGGACCUCUAGGGGUUUGUCGUCUUCCACCAUUAAGGGGUAUCAAGCAAUGCUUUGCUCUGUGUUUAAGCAUAGAAGUCUGGAUCUGUUGUCUAAUCCAGAUAGAAGUCUGGAUCCACCGUCUAACCCAGAUCUUAGCAACCUCAUUAAGUUAUUUGAAACUUUCAAGCAGAAGAGGGUCGAUCUGGUCUCUUGGAACCUAGACAUAGUGUUAAAGUGGCUAACAGAUCCCUCUUUUUGAACCCCUCCAUUUCACUUCUCUAAGGGACUUCACUUGUAAGACUCUCUACCUUGUGGCUUUGGCUACUGCCAAACAUGUCGGUGAGAUUCAGGCCAUUGAUAAGAGGGUGGGAUUUGCCCAAUGACACACAAUGUGCUCCUUUACCCUAGGUUUCUUAGCCAAGAACGAGGACCCGUCCAAGCCCUAGCCCUGUUCCUUCAACAUUAAAAAAUUACUGGAAAUCCUUGGCCCAGAGGAAAAAGAAAGUUCUUUGCCCUGAGCAGGACCGAAAAGAUCAGAGGACCAUCCAACAUCUGGUAUUCUGUUAAGAACCCUUCUCGCCCUUUUACUAAGAACUCAUUGUCAUUCUUCUUGAGGGACUUGAUUUCUGAGGUGCAUUCUGGGAUUCAGGAGGACAUUUUGCCUACUUUCAAAGUGAAAGUUCUAGACGUCCAAGCUGAUGCCACCUCAUUCGCUUUCAGGCACAAUAUGUCCUUCAUUUCCAUUCUGCAGUUGACCUACUGGAAGUGCAAAUUGAUCUUCAUGUCCCACUAUUUAAAAGAUGUUGAAAAAGUGUUUGUAAAUUGAAUUACCUUGGGGCCAUUACUAGAGCUGGCAUGGUAUGGGGGGAGGCAGCAUAGGAAGCUCUCUUUUUCUCCUACUAACUCUCCGCCUUGAAGUAAGGUGUUGAGUUUUGGGGAACCUAGGGGCACAAUGUACCUGGAGUACCCACCAUUUUCAGUGGAUGGGUUGUGGUUUUUUAUCGUUGUAGGUGACCACAUUGUCUGAUUGUGUUUAUAUUGGUACUGCACCCAGGGCAAAGGUACUUGUGAGUGCUUUGCCAGUGAUCAGGCCCAUCUUUCGCUGCAAAGCUCCCACUUUAGAGGCGACCCAUGGAUCAACCACCAUGCCACUGCAGGUUAAGAUGAGCAACAACCAGAGGCAGUACAUAUUCACCUGCAGUAGCUCUCUUAUCAAGUAAGGAAACAACAUGCAUUGUUUCAAUGCUAAAAACUUUUCCUAUUUCAAAGUCAUUACCAUGCCUUAAUGUUGUGGCGCAGAAUAUGUCAAUAUUUCCCACCCCUGUUUAAUGUGGGAUUCAGCUUUGUAAUUACUUGGUAAGUUACUUGUAUGAAAAUACUUUCCUAAUAGAAUUAAGUUUCAUAUAGUAUAUGUACUUGCCAAGUAAUUCCAGAAUCAGAGCCCACCCUAUGCACCUCAGAUGGACAUAAGGGCACAAGAAGAAUGAGGUUUUCUGAUAAGUCGUUUCCAGUAUUCCCAGUAGCGGGCUGGGCUUGUUACGUACACUAAACAAUGUGCUACUGCAAUUUUCUAAAUAAAAGGCUGCUGAGUGAGUUAGAAACUAUAACUAAGUAAUUUCUUGGUGUGUACAUAUGAAACUUAAUAUUACAUAUUAUGAAAAUAUUUUGGAGAAGAUGCUUACUAUGCUAAGAGUAUUUUGUGAGAACAUACGGUGUGGAUGAGAAAUGUAAAUACAAUUGAAUAAACAUUAGAUCCUUGAAAGAAGGAUUUCAUAGAAAGGUAGCUUAGAUUUUUUUAGAAAGGUAAAUGAGAGAGAAUCUCUUAUUACCAGUGAAAGUCAUUUCAGCUCAUAGAAAAAAAAAGGUACUUGAGAAGAUAAUUUUUUCUUUUUCACGAAAGACUUGGGAAAAGUUUCAUUUAUUAAAAUGUUUUAUUUUUAUUUCUAAUCACCCAAUUUUUUUUAUUUCUGUUCAGAAAAUUAUGUACAUUGCAAAAUAUUUUUGUGUAUCAUCUGUGGGAAGUUGAAAUUGAAUAUUUAAAACCCAGUGCAGGUCCUCUUUUCCAAGACACUCAUAAAUUUUACCAAGUCAUACAUUUUUUUUAUUAAUUUUAUUUUGUAAAAUUAUAAUUACAGCUCACACAAUAUCAUAACAGAUAUGAACUAAAAAUCAGUAACAAAUUCUGAGUACGUACUAGUAUGUAUAUUGUAAAAUAUUUACGAGAUUUACCAUGAUGGGAGAUGCAGUAACUUUUUGUGAGGUAUACAUGUUUUUCUAAUAGUUAUUUGCAAAGUUACAAUUAUAACUGACAUACUAUCAUAAAAUAUAAAAACUAAAACCAACAGCAGUCCCUGGGUAUAUGGGUAGAAAUCUCAGUUAUGAGGGCACAAGUAAUGUUGUUUGAGGUCUACAAAUAAAUAGGUAUCUGAGGUAGCAGUUUUAAAACUAUAUAGCUAGUAUAUAAAAGCUUUCAAACUCUUCCCUGGGUUCAUCUUCAGUUCAAAUGAGUAAAUUUAACAUAAAAUGCAUCAAGGUAAACUCAAGACAAAGACACCAAGAGUGGCUGCCCCCAGCCAGUCAGAUCUCCAAUGGACACAGUGAUGAAGAAAGUGGUCAACUGACCCAGCUAGGUAAUUUUCUCUCUGUUGUUAUUUCUGGCUUCUAUCCUGCUGUAUCAUGGGCUGACGUGAUGUUGCAAGUAAUACCUCAUAAAGAGAAGUUGAAUGAUGCAAUGGUUACAGACUCCUGUGUGCUAUCCAGCACCUGGGAAGGAAAGGAGAGGCAGAGGCAGAAUCAGGUGAGGGAAAAACAGAGCCUGUCCUAAGAUUAAAAUCUCUAACAAGCAACCUGUGUAUGCCAUCAACUUGGGAGCCCUUCAAAGGUAAUAAGUCUUUCAUUAAUGAGGGCUCCAUUGUUAGUUUUUACAUACUUAAGUCGUUAGAGAUUUUAAUUUUAGUACAAGCUCUGCUUUUCCCUCACCUGAUGCUGGCCCUGCCUCUCCUCUCCCUUCCUAUGUACUGGAUAACAUGUGAGAGUCUGUACCCAUUGCAACUUUGACUCCUCCUGAUGGGGUAUUAUGUUCUUGCAACUUCACAUCAGCCCGUAUGGAGAUCUAGCAGGAUAGCAGCUAGAAAUAACUACAGAGGAAAGGAAAUUACCUAGAUGGGCCAGUUGACCACUUUCUUCAUCACCAUAUCCAUUGGAGAUCUGACUGCCUGGGGCACCCAUUCUUAACAUCUUUGUCUUGAGUUUAUCUUGGUGCCUUUUAUGUUAAUUUUACUCAUUUGAACUGAAGAUAAACCCAGGGAAGGGUUUGAAAGCUUUUAUAUAUUUUUAUAAAGUUUUACAACUGCUACCAUCAGAUAUAUUAAUGUAGACCUCAAAGAACAAUCCCAGGGUAUAUUUAUGGCUCUUUGAAGUUAUAUGAACAUCUAUCCUGCUAAAUUCAUCCAAAUUGUAUGGCAUGUAAUAUUAAUAGUACUCAUAUGAGUUAGCCCAUCCAUCGCUCAUAACCUGUUGCAUACUGUAUAGAUACUCAUAUGAUGAUGCCCAUCCAUUAUGGGUUAAUAAUGCUCAUGGUAACAUAAAAACAAAGAAUUGUGCUGUACUUUAAAAGGAGAAUAUCAUCGUUAUUAUUUGCCUGUCCUGGUUUUUUAAUAGUUUUAUGACAAAAAGUGUAUUUUAUGAUAAAAAAAAGAAUUUGUGGAUAUUUCUCAUAGAAAAGUACCGCAAAUAAGCUAAUUUUCCAUGAAUAAUGCGGGGAAAUGUUCCAGAGAGAAAUUCGUGAAUGUGUUAGUCCCGCGAAUCCGGAGAACACGAAUACGAGGGAUCCACUGUAUAAACAGUUUUAGAGGGCUUUUCUUCUGUUUGAACUAACCAAAUAGGCAGUAUUUGCAGAUUUUAGGUAUUCACUGGAAGGGUUGUCUGGUACGCAUCUCCUGCUGGAAUUUGGGCUAACAUGUUUGAAUAGAACAUUCACCUAUAACUCAGGAAAUCUUAAAUGAACCUGAUCUCUUUUCACAGGCUAAAGAUUGGUAGUUCAAGCUAUUGGCAUGUACUUUGGAGCACAAUCUCUUGUCUGAUUCCCAUUUGUUCAUUACAACCACAGUGAUCAUUUAUGGCCCUUCCUCUGUGCAGUUGACCUCAGUUGUGCCAACUUGUACUGAUUAGGAUCCAAACUCCCUUGCUGCAGAUACCCAGUCCUCUUCUGAUGCCUCAGCUAUCAGUUAUUCUUACAUUCAGCUGCCUGGAGCGAACUUUUGUGUCACUUCCAAGAUUGAGGUUUCAUUCGGCUUAUAUUGACAGGCCUUCAUUUUUUAUCCUUUAUUUCAUUCUGUUUGCUUUUUCAUUGUUUUGGGAUGAUUUUCAUUGGUUUCCAUUAUUUACUUUAUUCAGUAGUGUUUUUAACCUAGGGGGGAGAGGUGCUUUAUGUGACCUUGGCAUUACUUAUGUAUCCCAUUUUUCAGUGUUUUUGGGUGCUAAUUUAUUUUGCUAUAUUUUUUUACUUGGGCAGGGGAUUUUCUCCUUAGCAUGUGUCUAUUAUCCUAUUUGGGUUAAUUAACCCUUUUCAGUUGCCUUCAUUUUUCUGCAUAUACAGGUACUAUCCUACUUACAACCAAGUUUGGUUCCAACCCACUGGUUGUAAGUCAGAAUGGAUGUAAGUCGAACCUUAGAAAGUGGCCAACAUACUGGGUAGGGUAUACUAUCAAAUCUUUGCUAUAUAAGUGCCUACUUAGUACUGUAAUGUAAUGUACAAUCAUUAUUUCAAUCUUUCUACCAUAAUGUACUUCUACUAAUACAUUUUAAUCAUUUAUGUAAUAGUAUAUAUUACGUACAAUCAGGCACUGAGUUACAAUGGGGUUAGGUUCUUGCAUGCAUGUCAGAAGUCGAUUCUUACGUAAAUUGGUUUGCAAUUCAGUCUACAGUACAGUUAAUACCAAAUGAUGCUGCAGAUAGGGCAGGGUAACUCAAACUGAUGCUGCCUGAGUGAUGAAAGUUCUCAUGCCUGAGUGAUGAGAGUUCUCAUGAGAUGGCGCAGUGCCAAGUAACUCAAUGGUCAACUGUCUGAAGUAAGGUUGUAAGUACGAGUGGUCGUAUGUCGAGCAGGUUGUAAGUCGGAUAGUAGUUGUAUGUGAAUGGCACUGUUUCAUAAUUUCCAUUUCUGGAUUUGUAGCUUUAUUUUUUUGCGAUUUUUUGUGAUUUUUUUUUGCUAGUCAUCGUGUGUGUGUGUUUUUAUUUAUUAUUAUUAUUUUUUUUGAGAAUUCAUAAAUUUUUCUCAUGCUAAUAAACUUUAUGUCAGGGCAUGAUUUGGAAGAACUGUAACUCAUUCGUGUCCUACUUUGAAAAGGAUUCUCACCUCUUGUGUCCUACCUGUAGAAGUCAUCAGUGCUUGCCUCAGCAGACAUAUUCAAUAUACAGUGGUAUCCUCGUAUUCACGGGGGAUGCGUACCAGAUCCCCCGCGGAUAGUUAGAACCCACGAAUAGUUGGAACCCCAAUAAAAAUGCUGAAAACUGCCAAUUUUGUUCGUUGAAACUCAAGAAAAAACCACUAAAAACUUUUAUACCUGGUUAUUUAAAUAGUUUUAUCACAAAAAAAUGCAUUUUAUGAUGAAAGUGAUAAAAAAACAGGAAUAUGCAGAUAUUUUUUAUAGAAAUAUUUCGUGAAUAGGCGAAUUUUCUGUGAAUAAUGGGGGAAUAUGUUCCAGAGAGAAAUUCACGAAUGCGUGAGUCCACAAAUCCUGAGAAUGCUAAUAAGGGGGAUCCACUGUAGUAUAAGGAUUGGUCAAUGGACCUGUGAUUCAUGUUGGCCAGAAAAGGUUGCAUAAGUGCUAAUUUAAGGUGUGUCACCAUCAGCAUGAGUGAAGAAUCAAGUUUUGUUGGAUUGCACUGACAUGAUUUCAGUGUUUCACUCCUGUGAUGACUAGUACCACUGAUAAAGAUUACAAAUGCUUAGUGGACCCCACCACUCUCUUAGCUUACUCGCCUUCAGAGGACUCAUCUUUCUUGAAGAUUCAGAAACCAGGUUAUAUAAGCCUGGUGACUUGCCUAUGAUUACAGGGUGAGAUAUUCUGACAUGAUCUAAGAUGAGGCGAUGGCUAUUUUAAAACUGCAGAUGCAUAUCCAGCAAAUAUCCAUACCAUCUUAGAAGAUGAUGCAUCCCAAAUUUUUAACAUGGUCAAGACUUACCGGUACUCAAUUUAAAACAUUCUUCCCUUGUUUGUCUUUAUUAUUAUCACUAAUAUUAUACCAGAUUUUCCUUAUGUGGAGUUAAAAGUGAAAUUGAUUCUCCUAUUUUUUUUUUCUUUAAAUACACUUUUUGGGGGCUGAGAAUUUUUGCGGGGAUUACUGAUGAUCAGUAUUGAUACCUUAAGUGGAAAAAUUUAUAAUAGGCAGAAUAUAGCAAUGCUAAAGUUUUCAUUCUGCCAUUUUUUUUUUUAUUUUUACUGAAUGCUAGAUUCUUCUUUGUGUUGGCAGAGUGUAGUUAUGAGUGGUGCUUAUCAUGUUUUGAAUUUUUUUUUUAGUGUUUUCAUGUCUAUAAAUUUAUUAAAGUUUAGAGGGAAAUAAGUAAGAGGGAUUAACACAAAAUUUUGCGUUAUGUCUGCUUUUAUCAAGACCUGAAAUGCAAAAUUAAAAGGCUAUAAUGAAGUAGAAAAAUAAACAAACAUUUGCUAAUUUCUCCUUUCCUGUGAAAAUACAAUACUAUUAUAAAGGUUUUUAUAGUAUCAAUGAUGCAGUUUUGAGUAGUAGAAAACCUUACCCUUUCUCUACCCUUUCUCUUUAAUUACCCAUGCAAUAGGUGUAUUCCCUGUAGUACAUGCAAAACAAGAUGAUUAAGAAAAUAACUGAGAAUUUCUAUAAAUACGUUUAUUCUAAAGCCCUGUCCACAUGGUCGAGCUUUGCCCGUUGAACUUUGCUCAAUAUGACGUCAGAAGCAGGAAAAGUCAGAACCUUACCCACUGUUUCUCUGCUUCUGACAUCACAUCAAACAGAGUUCAUCGAGCAAAGCUCUACCAUGUGAACAGGCCUUUAGGAAAGGCAGAGUAAUGACUCUACAGCAUAGUAUGUAUAUACAGUACAGUGGAUUUUAAAGUACUUGGCCAGGUUGUCAAUUACAAAGGUUAAGCAAGAAUUGCCUACAAUACCUGUCAUUUACAUUUGAGCAAAGUUUUAUUUAUAUUGUAUAGCAAAUCAUAGUUGAUAUUUUCAUUUGUUAUUUCAUGUUAAAAAAUGGAUUGUAAAAGUAUUUUUGUGAGUUUAAUUUAAUCAAAAAGUUUGUUAAACUAUGUCCAGGAAUUUUCAAAUUGCAAGAGGCUUGACUUUAAUGUUUACUGAAAUCGGUAUUGAAUUUAUUUAGUUAUUUUAGAUAUUUUAUGACUAUUGGGCUUCAUUUCAUUAUGCUACGUAGUCUUACAUCCGUCCGUUGCAUUUUUGGCUUUUGGCCACAAGAAUGCAUUUUUGGUUGUGUUUUCAGUUCUUUAUUAUAACAUUUAAUGCCAUGUGGCUCAUAUUUUUAACUAAAUAUAGCUAAAAUAUAUUGACCAUGUUUCUGCUUUUAUUCAUGAGGCUUUUUUUGUGAUUUGGUAUGUUUGUUUUAAACUGUUUACAUGAUUUCUGUGAACAAGAUAUUUUCUUGUAUACAGUUCUUUGAGUCAUCAAUGAUGAAGGCACCCUAACGAAUGAGUACUGCAGUUGUGGAUGAGUGUGUCUACAUUAUGCAAAGCAGGGUGUUUCACAUGUGCUUGAUCUGCCAUCCACAAGAAAUGUAGACCAGUCCAAAUUAAGGGGAAAGGCCUUGGUUGCAUUGAUUUUUUCUUGACAGUCUUGUCACAGAAUGUGAAUUCUGACUGAAUGUAUAGGCUUGGCUCCUUUGAUUUGCUACUGCUUCAAAAUCUUAGAUAACUUUCAACAACAUAGCUUACAAAAAUGGUACUGUAUUGUUCAUUGCUUGUAAAACAUAUAUCCUAUGUAUUUAACCAUAGCUGUAUAUUUGUUUACUAUGCUUGCAUUGCUGUCUACAUUUUGUGAACGUUUGUAGCUAAGAGUGAUUUCAGUAUUCAUUCAGUGUGUCAGCACUUCAUAUCAUUACUACUGUUGUUUUCUUAUCUCAUUCCAAGAAUUAAAAUUUUAGUGGUUUAUUCAGUAUCUUCACUAACGUAUUGUAACAUUGAUUAUGUAUACAAGCAAGUUGGUUCUAGAUUUUACUGUUGUUUCUUUAUGUAUCCAAACAUUUGGUUUUCACUGUUUUUCAUGCAGUGUAUGAUGGUUUAUUUUUCCACAAUGAAAUGUCCUUAGCAAAGUGUAUGAUUAAAUGACACAGGAAGACCAUGUAUUCCUCCUGCUAUCUCACUCUUUAUUUUCACAUUGUAAGCAACUGUUUUAAGUGCAUCUGAUUUCCAAAGGAAAAAGGAGUCGAGUAGCCUUCUCUUUGGAACUCCUCAUAUCCAGAUAUGUAACUGUUUCUUGCAGUCUUAGACUCUAUCACAUAUAGACAGCCUACUUUAAACUUCAAGAACAUUGAUUACAAGGCAUGGAUUUCUCCUUAAUUACAGAAUAUCUGUUCAGUUUAGACAGAUAUAGAGAAAAGUAGCUGCAUUUCAUUCUCAUUAGCAUGAGCACUUAAUUGUCCAUGGUCGUUAACGUACCAUGUGGGAAAGCUGAGAGAAUAGUUGGUUGACAUACAUCCUCACUUCCAUAAUUACUUUUGUGAAUGAAUUAGAAUAAUAUGCUGUGUCUGUGGUGGCCCAUAAAGAUUUUCUGGUAGGCUUCUCUGUUUAAAACAAUGUUUUAGUGUUAUUUAUGUUUCUUUUAAGUAGGUUAGUACUAAAUUCAUGGUAGGUAUGUACAGUCCUAAGCUAUAGUAAUUCAUUAGACUUCAAUCAAUACUACACUGCUUGGAGUCUGUGGCAGUGUGAUUGCCUCAGGAACUUCCAUGACAGAAGAGACCUAGGGUGAUGCAGGUGGUUUGGUUUCUAAUCCUGCUGGUGCCAUGAGGGUCAUCUUGAAGUACCCUGAGGUUCUGAGCUUCAUAAGGACUUACAAAACCAGUAGGAGAAAAGGCAUAUGUGUCGAUUCCAUCCCAUUUGUGAAGCAAUGCUUCAAGGUUUCAUGCUGUUGGAUUGAGUUGAGCAAAGCAAUAUUCUUGGAUUUUAUGGUUCAGGCUUGUUGCAAAGAGACUUAAGUAUUUAUUUUGGUCAUGUCCCACAGCUGCCAAAGAACUUUCCUGCAAAUUUCCAGAUCCAGCAACCAUUCCAAAGGCAGAAUCUGCUCCCUUCUACUGAGACUAUGUGCAACAACAUUCUGCCUUGGCAUGAACAUUGGAAUGAGCACAACUGUGAUUGCUUCUGACAAUUCUAAGAACUAUGCAGCUGUGACACAGUGACUUAGAUUUUGCACUUCUGUAGUUCCUAAGAUAGGCCACUGUGGUGGCAUUGGCUUCCAUAACUCCCAUAACUUUUCCUUUCAUAAAUUCAGUAAAUUCAUGAAAGGCCAGAAACAUUGCCUUCAGCUCCAGGAAGUUGAUUUAGCACUUCCUGUCUAACCACUUAAUUUUUACCAGGUGAUCCUUUCUUCACCUUUUCAAUUAGCUGCUUCUUGAUCAUUGACAUCUUGCUUUAGACCCUUCUGUAUCACCAUGGAACUUUCCAGAGUCCACCAGGAAUGACAUGAGAAUAGGACAUCUCCAGAACUAGUAGUUCAUACCCUGUUUGCAACACAUUAACUACUUACAUCUCUGCCAGCCUUCUGGCACAAAUUCCAGGAUUUCCAGAACCAAGUAGUGGUGGAAGAGGGUAGGGGAAGGUGGGGAGCUGUCCUCACCUUGGUUAGAAGGGUUUUCAUUGUCUCUAGAAGGCAUCCGACUGUCGGAAUUAAAGUGUUACUUCUCAGAGGGAGUAUACGCCCUCCUAACUGUCUUGACCUGCUAGCUGAAGCAGAGGAAGGCAAAGGACAGUUACUUGUAGUAGGAGUAGUGAAAGGUCUGGAGGACAAAGCACAAAGGUUUGUCAUGGUAAUUCCUUUACAUUUGUGGCUAAUUUCUUGGCUAGUUCUGACUAGGGAUUUUGGUAAAGUUUGUGGCAAGAAGAUUAGAAAAUCACAGGUUAUUCAAGUUGGCGAUUAAUAGAAAAUCACAGGUUAUUCAAGUUGGUGAUUAAUAAAAAUGGAAAAAGUUACCUGGUAAAUGAAUCUCACUUUUUUUUUUUUUUUUUUUAAUUGCAUUCAGCUUCAUACAAUUAUGUAAGGCUUUCCCUACAGGAUACAUCAACCUCUGACAUUUUCUUCCAUGGAUAAGAACUUCUAUUAUUGAGUUAGGAAAAAGCUAGCAAUCGUUGAGUCGACCAUGCAGGAGAAGGUGUGAUAAGCAAGGGGAUAAGCAGUGCUGAGGUUUAUCUAUCAAUACUCUCUGCUGACAUCAAGACCUUGUGAGCUAGGGUGAUUUACCCUUGGAGAAAGUGAAAAUUCUGGAGCCUGCAGUCUGAUAAACCAAUUCAGAUUCAUGGAGGUCAAAUUCCAUCUAUGGUAAAACAGUAAAAUGCUCUUUUCUGUCUUACCAGAUAUGAGCUUAGUGAUAACUUUUAGUAUUUUAAAAAUGAAAAACUAAACUAUACAUUGAGAAUGGAGCAUUGAACUUAGUUAGGAAUAGAUAAAUUUUUGCAACAAGGAAAUAUAUAUUCCUUUAAAAUGAUAUUGGUAUGUAUUUAUAGUACUACGAUUACGCUUGUUAUUGCACAUAAAAAAGUUUGAUGAUUGCUUUAUAAUUUAACUAUAAACAAGCAGAAGGCUAUCAGAUAACAGAGAAAUCAAGCCUCAAAACUUUUUGUCUUUAACAAAUGCAUUUCUGAUUGUUGUUACAUAUGUCACAGAAUUUUUUGUAAAUUAUCUUAAUUUAAGUACAACAGUGCAAUAAUGGUGAAAAGUCACCAGUACAAAAAUAAAACAUAGAAAUAGCAUGAUCAAGAAAAUACACUGUGAAGCAUAAAUGCACAAAAGGCUCACCUAAAUGGAGCCAUAGAGAAAAAGGUAUUCAUUCAUCAAUAAGCAUGUCUCCUCAGCAUCCCCAGAAGGACUCCUCAGAACAGUGAUUCUCAGCCUGUCAAAACUGAACAGACACAUUGUGUACCCCAAGGUAUGGAUGACAACUGUUGCCCAGGUAUGUUUUUGCUCAUUCCACUUGGAGCCUAGACUAUCUCUGUUGAUCUGAAGGACAUCAUGUAUUGGAAUUCCCCUAUCACUGCUCCAUUUUGCCUCAUCCUAGGUUUCCCGAUAGGAAGAGACAUAUAUUAUUGGGGGUGAAUCUUACCUACUGCUAAAGAUAGCUUAUACAGUUUACCCCCACUAUAUUAUGGUGCAGCAUUCAGGGCUUAAGCUAUUAAUCAUGGAUUUUUCUGUGGAACUUAUAUCCAAAUAUAUUGCGAAAAAUUCACUAAUUCGCGGAUUUUUUCAUAGAGCAAUAUUCACUAAUUGCUGUAUUUCAUGUUAUUUUUGCGAUUAAAUGCAUUUGUAAUGAUAAAAAAAAUGAUUAGCUUAUUUUUAAAUAAAUAUUAAUAUUUAUCUAAACACAGCAAAAUAUAAAUUCAUUAAGGAGAAAAUGUUUAGUAAAGUAGGUAAGAUUUGAGCACAUUUGUUUCCUUUUAACCAAUCUUUUGCUGUUACAAAGUCUCCCACUAAGGGGUAGGGAUGUAGGUCUUAAGUGUCAAUCAUCUUGACAUAUUGACCGUGUUAAGGGUAGCACCUGGACAAAGUCUCUCUCUCUCUCUCUCUUAGGGGUAACUUUUGUUCUCACACAUAGCUGUAAGCCAUGUGUGAGAACAUUUUUAAGGGCAAUGUUGUAAGAUGACUUUGAAAUGAUGUUAGAGCAUUUUAGGAUAACAGUUUAGGAUACAUAGGAUACUAUUAGUUUAAGGUAUGUUUGAAUUAUUAAAAUGGGCAGUGAACUAGUAUUAACAUAGGCAGUUAUAAGCAUUUUAAUUUAAGAUAUACAGGGUAUAGUAUUUGGUGUUUGAACUAUUAAAAAUUUUAUUACGAAAAUUCAUAUCCCUGAGAAUGAUCAGGGAAUUGGCAACAAUAGUUGUCCAGGAACUCAGAAGAGAGGGAGUUUAACAAGAAUCCUCAAAUGGCAAAUCAAGAAUGUGGACUUGGAAAGGUGCUUCUGCCAAACAGGUUAUGCCGACUCCCCUGGUCAUGCAGGCAGCUUAUAAUGGGUACCUCCUUGGCAGUUGUGAAAGGCCACUUGAGAGGAUUAUCCUUUCUUUCAGAUAAUUAAAGCCUCCAGAGCAAAUGCACAUUUUAUUGGUCCUUGACACAUGACGGCAAUGAUUUUUAACUAGAGGUUUGGCUCCUUCUCAGCCCUCUUUGCAGUCAUGCUGCUCAUCCUAAAGAUGGCUCAGACAAAGAAGUGCCACUGGUUAGCAAACCCUCUCACAGGCUUGCUUGGUACAACAGCAGGCUCCCUGUUGAGGUGUACGGCAGCUUCACCUGAAUGAAAUAUUGGACAAACUCUCUUUUCAAGUAAUUGCCAACCUGCUUCCACAUCUGAAUUAGACCUGUUUGCUACACAAGAGAACCAUCAACUUUCAGUACAUUUGCUUCCAAAUUUGGGCAUUCAGGCAAUAGCAAGAGAUGUAUUACAAGACUGGAGCUACCUCUUUCUGCCAGUGUCCUAUAUUUCAAAAGUUUUACUCAAACUGCUGACUUUCAUUGACAAUACCUACCUAGUGGCCUGAAAUUGGCUCAACACUUAUUGGUUUUUUCUGCUGUAACAAUGGGCAAUCAAUCCCAUUACCGUCCAUUAUUCUAUCCUAGACAUUUGGAGGGGAAGUAGUCUACCAAUUCUCCUUUCUGAGCCAACCUUCACUAGUGGAUUUUGUAAAUCUAUUUUGCCAUGAAAUGAUUUCAUCUAACAUUGCUAGGUACCUGGUGCAGAAACUAUGGACGUCUUUUUUUCCGACAAUUCUGGUCCAUAUGAAAAGUGUGGCUGAUUUCCUGCACACUGAGAGUUUAGUCGAAAUUUCAAUGGAGACCAUUUUAAAUUUUUUUUAUCUACCUGUUUGAGGAUAAGCACCUUGGUACUACCAGUUAUGACACACAAGGUUGUUCUGUUUGAGACCUUGCGCGGUGGGUUUGGCAAUGAUUCAAAUACAGAAGCUUUUAGCUCCUUUCUUUGAUCAUUCACCUUGCAAAGGCAGGGUCUGGUGUGGGCCCCCAUUACUUUGUCCCUGACUAAGGUUCUUUGACUUUUGCUGUCUACUCAUUCUAUUGGCCCAAUCUCAGACGGAUAUCACUUCAUCACCCUCACAUCUAGCUAUCACUUGCUCUUGUACCCUGGCCCUUCAUUCUUGGCCAAGCAUGAGAAUUCUUUGAAGAAGAAAUCCCCUCUUCUUUGGGAACUUAGUAUUUGACUAUGCUCAGUUCAGUCACUCCUGGUUUACUUAGCUGUCACAGCUAACGUCCCAGAUGGCCUUCCUACAUCCUAUCACCAACAAUCCACUAUUCUUGGAUGUAUAUACUUAGAAUUAUCUCAAGCAUCCUUUAUUAAAAAGGCAGUCUCACACUUAGAAUUAUGUCAAGCAUCCUUUAUUAAAAAGGCAGUCUCACACUUCCUAAGUCACAUGAUUUAAGGAGGGUGAUCACAUUGCUGGGUUUCUUUUGAAAUGCUUUCUUAAAAGUUGUCUCCAAGUUGACACGGUGGUCAUUAGCAACAGUAUACCUCAAACACUAUUGCCAUGAGAUUUAAUUAAAUCAUCUAAACUUUGUGUCAGUGGAUGGUAUGAUAAGUCCCAGAAACAUAGGCUCCUCAGCAAAAAAUAAGAGACCUGCUUGAUGCUAUGGUACUUCUGUGACACUACUGGGAAAGAUCAAUAAUACUGUUUCCAACCCUGACAUAAUUAGGUAAGUCUAAUGCCAUACGUGUAAUGAAUAGAUUCCUUCCCCAGCCAAUGGCAUACCACUUGAAAGCACUGCUUCUCGUCUCUCCCAUCCUUUUUCAUUAUCAUUCUCAAAUGAGAAUCCCAAAAGAUUGGUAGUCAACUCAUGUGGUUUUACCAUGAACUGAUUUUCAAUCAGGUCAUUGGGAUUCCUCACUCAGAAGGUAGCAUUUCAUUACCUGUCGUUUUCAUGCUCCUUUGAGAAUGAAUGAGAGUGAACAGUGGCUACCAGCCAAAAAGCAGGUUUUUAAAUAAGAAAAACCUAUUUUUGGUAGCUGCUGUGAGUCCUUAAACCUUCCACAUUUCCUUAUGAAAAGGUAGGAUUUUGUGGUGGGUGUUUUUCUUUCAUGAACCUGGUGAAUAGUGAUGAAAAUGAUUGAACAAUGCAUUGUUGCCACAUCUGUCUUAGAAAGGUCAAUUGGAAAUACCCAGUAAUUACUGUAGGGAGAAAAAUGCACCUUCCCACCUUGAGUUCAUUUAUACUACACUGUGUCAACAGGCACCAUUUGGCCAAGACCAGCUAUGAGGAAAUUCUUAAUAUGUACUGGCUGGUCUUUCUUAUGGAGCCCCAGGUAGAACCAUAAGGUUAACUCCUUUUAGGACUCAGAGCAGCUACCAGAAACAGGUUUACCUAUGUCAAAACCUAGUACAUUUACCAGUGUUCCUCCAUGUUUAGUACUUUAUGCACUUAUGUUCCUGUCUACAGAUGAAAGAGAUGCAAACGCAGGUAUUUCUCAGUUUUUCAUAAGGUGUAAUGCGAUGAGAGAGUAUGUAAACUUGACAUACAUAUAUAACAUAAGGAUUCCUCACUGAGCUUGUAAAUUCUCAGGAGAAAACCUGAGCAUGUAAAGCAUGAUUCUAAUAUUUUCAUUUGUAAAUUUUCUAUUAUCAUGCCCGAAUUUCAGGAAAAACAAUUACCAGGUAAUGUUUACAUUAGUUUACAUAUACGUAUAUAGAUUUGUGCUAGCAUCUACAGUCAUUUGGAUUAACUGUUAACUUUUCUCAUUUGUAAAUACUAUUAAUAUAUGUACUGUGCUUUCAUUAAGUUUUUUUGCACAUUUGCAGUUCUGUUCAGUUCACAUUUACAGAUGGCGAGGAACUCGCUGAAUGUAAUCUUUAACUGUAGUCUAUGAUGGAGGUGUACUGAUAUGCUGCAAAUUUAAUAGAUACAUACGAUCUUAUUGCUUUGCCAUUUUUUUAACUCUAGAAGAUAUGUUGGAUUUGGUUUUUAAUGCUGUGUAUUGAUAUGUACUGUUUUCACUUUUAUUAUAUUUUUUGUGAUGUUUAAGUGAAACUCAGUCUACCACUGUGUAACUAUAAGUGCUUAUGGUAAUGUUUUUCAUAUGCAGUAAUGUACCAUGUUCAGUCUCUUAUUUAAUUCAUAUUGAUGAAUGAAGUCCAUUAAAACAGUUUACAAAG